AUGGUGGUUGUGCUCCGUGUGCUCCGUGUGCGUGGUGCUUGCCCCAUGCUUCUCGCCCCAUGCUUCUCGCCCCAUGCUCCUCGCCCCAUGCUCCUCGCCCCAUGCUCCUCGCCCCAUGCUCCUCGCCCCAUGCUCCUCGCCCCAUGCUCCUCGCCCCAUGCUCCUCGCCCCAUGCUCCUCGCCCCAUGCUCCUCGCCCCAUGCUUCUCGCCCCAUGCUUCUCGUGCCAUGCUUCUCGCCCCAUGCUUCUCGCCCCAUGCUUCUCGCCCCAUGCUUCUCGCGCCAUGCUUCUCGCGCCAUGCUUCUCGCGCCAUGCUACCUCACCUUCCACUCACCUUGGCUCUCCCGUGUGUCCAUCUCUCACCCGCACUGCCCACACCCCCCAAGCAGGCCGUCACAGCAGCAGAGGGAGAAGGCGGGGCAGGUGGGCGAGUUCAGGCGCCAGGCGGCGGUGCAGCAGCGCUGCCAGCAGUGCAUCGACAGCCCCGCCCGCCCUCGCCACCUUGUGGUGUCCGUUGCCGCCCACAGCUACCUCAUGCUGCCGCCCGGGGGCUCUCUGCUGCCCAAUCACGUGCUCAUCGUGCCGUCUGAGGUGAGCCACACCGUGCAGUGGCCCCACAAGGCGCCCCUCACACUCAAAACCCCUGCUGCAGUGGCCAUGCAUGCUCGUGCCCCACACUCGCUCACCCCCUCCACCCCUUGCCACUCCCCCCCCCGGUGGUGGCAGCACGAGGGCAGCAUGCGGGUGGUGGAGGAGGCGGUGUGGGACGAGGUGCGCAACUUCAAGAAGUGCCUCACGCGCAUGGCCAUGGCCACCCAGGAGGGCGCGGGGGUGAUCUUCCUGGAGAGCGCCAUGGGGGUGGGCGGGGCGGGGCGGCAGCGCAAGCACUGCUACGUGGAGGCCAUCCCCGUGCCCGCUGCUGUCAUGGCCCAGGCUCCGCUCUACUUCAAAAAGGUGGGGCCACGGUGCAUGGCACGCACGGCGUUGGACGAGGCGGAGAGCGAGUGGAGCCAGCAGCACAGCAAGCGCAUCAUCGACACGCGCGCCAUCAGGGGCGGGCUGCGCUCUGCCAUCCCGCCCAACUUCCCCUACUUCCACGUCGAGUUCAGCCUGCAGGGCGGCUACUGCCACGUGAUUGACGACGAGAGCGCCUUCAAGGCGUCGUUGGGCCGCGAUGUCAUCGCCGGCAUCAUGGAGAUGGACCCUCAGAGCUUCGGUGGGCGCGCGCGCGCCAGAGGGGGGCGCGGAGGGGUGGGGUCGCGCCCGCAGGAGGUGCAGCAGAGCGUUACCAAGUUCAUGGAGAGCUGGAAGCCGUUUGAUUGGACCAAGAUGCUCGAUGGGUGA